AUGUCGUUAUGUUUAACUUUAUGUCGGCAACAAAUCAUUCGAUGUCGAUUGAAUGUUUAUUGUAAACGACGAUCGAUUAUUACGCAUCAAACCAAAUUUUUAUCCCAUUCGAGAAAUUCGCUUGUUAAUGAAAAUGUUUCAUUACUCGAUCACACUCAUCAUGAACUUGUUAAACGCAUCAAAGAUCUUUUGAUUCAUGUUCAAACCGAUUUAGCACUUCUAUCUACUGCAGACAAGAAACUUCUUAAUGAAGCUCAAACAAAUAUUGAUUCAAUAUUCUUACUUGUUGUUGUUGGAGAAUUUAAUUCUGGUAAAUCACAAUUCAUAAAUACGUUACUCGGUGAAAAAGAAGAAAUAUGUCCAACUGGUGUUUUGCCGACAACUGAUGUUAUUCAAAUACUAAAAUACGGAACAAAACGUAAGGAUAUUAUCGAAUCUGAACAUAUUAAAUCCAUUUAUUUACCAAAUGAAUGGUUAAGACAAACAAAUCUUGUUGAUACGCCCGGUACAAAUGCUGUUCUUCAAACACAUCAACAAAUUACAGAACAUUUUAUACCACGAUCUGAUUAUAUUCUAUUUGUAACAAGUGUUGAUCGACCAUUUUCUGAAAGCGAACGUUUAUUUCUUGUUCGUAUUCAUCAAUGGAGAAAAAAAGUAUUAAUUAUUUUAAAUAAAAUCGAUCAAAUUCAAAAAGAUAUCGAUAAAGAAAAGCUUCUAAAUUAUGUGCGUAGUAAUGCACAUCAAGUUCUUGAUGAUAUAACUGUUCCAAUAUUUCAAAUAAGUUCACUAAAAUCUAUUGGUAUAGAUCUAUUAGAAAAUUACUUACGUACGGAAUUAAAUGAUAAAAAAAAACUUAAAUUAAAACUUGAAAAUCCACUCGGUAUAGCAGAAAGAAUAUUUGAUAAAUAUUUAGCAAUAGUUCAUGAAAGAAAACAAACUCUUGUCAAUGAUGAACAAGCACUUUUUAUUUUGCAUAGUGAUGUUGAUGAAUAUCGUCGACAAAUGUUAGACGAUUUUAAACUUCAACUAAGUAAAAUUGAUAAUAUUUUUUUUCGAAUGAUCGAUAACAUGGAAGAAUUUUUACUUGAAUAUAUUCAAAUUUCACGUCUUAUUCCAACAUUAUUUAGUUCAAGUAGUUCAGCAGAAUUGAAAGUACAAUUUAAUAAUCGUGUUAAUAAAAAUAUUGAACAAGAUAUUACUCUGUGCAUUAGUCAUUUAUGUGAUUGGAUUGUUCAAAGAUCAAAUAGAACAGUUCAUCAACUCAAUAAACAUCUUAAUGCAAGUUCAAGUAAUUCACGACGACAACAGCAGGUUAUUAAAGAGACUAAUAAUAGUAUGUCAUCUGGAGCUGAUGUCGACUUUUCAAUUUCUCGUCAACAAAUACUUAAUCAGCUGCAAACACAAUCUCAAAAUAUUCUCUAUAAACAAAAAACAGCAAAUGGUGCACAAGCAGAUGAACUUACAGCAUCGAUUCGUUCCACAAUGCUUGGAACAGCAGCUAUUGAAGUUGGAGCUGUUGGCCUUGGCGCGUUGGCCACAUUAGCUUCUUUUGAUUGGACUGGUCUUUUAGGAGCUGGCCUAAUUGGUAUAUUCGGUUUGUAUUUAAUACCUAUGCGUCGUUUAACUAUAAAGCAAGAAAUGAAAGACCGAAUUGAUAAAACACGAAUUGAUCUAACGGAACAACUACGAAAACAUUUUUCACAUGAAUUGGAUAAUAAUGAACGCAAAAUGCGCGAGCUUAUUAUGCCAUAUGCUCGAUUUGUACAAGAUGAAGAAGAAAAGAUACAGAAAACUAUUGAACAAAUUGAAACAGUUCGUAAACAAAUUAAACAAUUAAAAUUAGAUAUUGACAUAUCAUUAUGUCAAAAGGGAAAACUUCAAUAA